UGCACGAUAGCGAUUUGAAGACGAUUGCCAUCACCAGCAGCUGCUGCUGUUUACAGUUUUUUGGGCAAAAAAUUGCGUUAAAAAAAACCUUUAAAACAUAAGAGGGGUGUGCGUAGGCAACGCUUUGUGCUUCUGAGGGUCAAAGCCAUUAGCAAUAGAUACUAACUGCGCAGUGUGAGUUACGAGCAGCGAGCUACGUUGCUGUGUUAGGCUCGAAGCUGCACUUGAAGGUGAAGGACAACAAAGGAGGCAAGGACAGGAUGCAACACACAAUGGCCACGUGCAAUCGCAAUCUAAGUGACAACUGUGACAAUGUCACAACGACAACAACAACAUGUCUUACCAAAUGUGCUCCGCCCUCUGUCAGCCUCAACGUCCUGCCCGACGAAAUUCUGGAGUUCAUCUUCACAUAUUUGCCGCCCUAUGGAGAUCUGGAGCACUGCAGCCUGGUCUGCAAGCGAUGGCAACUAAUUGUGAAAAAUCUUGUGCGGCGCUCACAGCUAAAUUUGGAAAAAGGGUUAGCAGACUUUCGACUUCGCUGGGAGAUCUAUUCGCAACAAACCGCUGCUUCCUUGGAGGCGAAUAAUCCGCGCCUGUCAACGGGCGCUCCCCUGCCCAUCAUAGCAGGGCGCUUUGCCCACUCGACUGUGCGAUUGGGCAACUCCAUGUAUGUGUUUGGCGGCGGUUCGUCUUCGGACACGACCUUUAAUGAUCUUUGGCGAUUCGACUUAACGCAUAUGCGCUGGUCGCGUCCCCUGGCCACGGGCACCUAUCCAUCUCCCAAAGGGAGUGCCUCCAUGGUGGCCUGGCGGGAUAAACUAGUGCUGUUUGGCGGCUGGCGUUAUCCCUCAUUACACCCGCCCUAUCAGCCGUGGUGCCUGUUCGACGAGCUGCACUACUACGAUCUGGUCAAGGACCGUUGGCUGGCCCGUAACUCGCUGCCCUGCCCGCCACCUAUGGCGGGGCACUCGGCUACGGUACAUGGCAAUUGCAUGAUUGUGUUUGGUGGCUAUCAAAUCAAGGACGACAUCAAUGUGAACUCCAAUGAUACCUGGGUGUUGGAUCUGGAGGAGCAGCGUUGGUGGCAGCCGAUAUUUGUUGGCAACACGCGACCUGCGCCGCGAUACGGUCAAAUCCAGGUGGAGUUGGACAAGCAUCAUUUGCUGAUCGUUGGCGGUUGCGGCGGCGCCAACAGAGUUUACACUGAUGCCUGGCUGCUGGACAUGUCGCGCGAGGCGUGGAGCUGGAAGCAGGUCAGUGUGCGCAACAAACAUUUUGGUGCCGUCCACAUGUGGUGCAAUCCUGGCUGCAGAGUCAAUAACUUUUUGGUUGUGGUGGGCCCUUCGCCCAAAAUGCCUUUGGAUUUCCAAAUCAUGAAGCAGAGUCGUGUGCCCGUUGUUGGUGGCAGCGCCUUGCGUUUCGGUGGACUGGGUCAAGCGCCGGCGCCGCCUCCGCCACUCUACCAACAACAACACCCGCUGCAGCCGCAACUUCGUCCUGGUCAGCGUGCUCCGCUGCCAGAGCGGCGCCCUGGCGCUCUCUUGCCCGACCAACAGCAUCGUGGCAAUGGACGCUUUGGUGGGGCUGCCUUGCCCCCGCAGGAACAGUACCUGGCCAACAGGCGGGCCAUACUGGAUCAGAACAUGCAGCAGGCCCAGCAAUUUAUGCACAAUAACAACGUCAACAAYAACAACAAUAACUAUCAGCCGCGCUCUGGUCGCCUCAGCGACUUGCAUUCACCGCCUGCAGCGGCGUCAGCCGCAGCGCCAGCUGCUGCUCCUGCUGCAGCGGAUGGUGACGCGGAUGCAGCGCAGCGAUUACAACGUAACCUGGCUCUGCGUUGCCGCGACAACGAGCCGCUGCUGCCCAAGCGCUUUGACGAGCACUAUGAGGAUCCGUUUCGGAUGGCCGCCUUCAAUGUGCCGGGGCGUUCGCGCAGCGCUUCGCGGGAUCAUAGCGAGCGCAUACGGCGCAUGGAAGAGAAAAUGAACGCCAUAAGGAAUUCGCGACGCAGUGCACCCGCCCACGUAGAGCCACAAAAGCUGCGCGCACCUUCGCCCAAGCGUGUCCGUUGCAAUGUCCAGUCGCUGUUCGUGUGCGACAUCUCGAGCCUGUUGCAGCGGGAUGCGAACAAUGAGCCAGGCCUGGAUUGGGUGGAAUACAAGAAUUUUGGAGUGCUGAGCGGAGCACCCGAUCGAUUGAUACUGUCCAGCCUGAUAGCGGGCAACGGAGAGCUGAUCCUGUUCGGGGGCGUUCACAAGGAGACGCUGACGGACAUCACGCACCAUGUGUCCAAUUCCAUACACUUCUUGAGUGUACCACGUGAUAUUAUCUAAGCGCUGGCACGAGCCAUACAACACACACACACA